CAGGUGACAAUUUCACACAUGCCACCGUACUGCAAACAACCAUCGAUAAAACCUAUGAGUGCGGAAUGUGUGACCAAUCAUUCCCCAAGAAGAGAAAGCUGGCAGUUCACAAGCGCGUACAUGCCGGCACGCGACCGUACUCCUGUGAUAUUUGCGGUAAAACAUAUACCAAGGGUAUAAAUCUAAGCCGGCACAAACGGAUACACACCGGCGAACGACGGCACCGUUGUCGGAUAUGUGGCAGAGAAUUUUUCACUUCUGAGCAAUUGGAUCAGCACCGGCUUACCCAUAAAGAUCAGGCUUACAUUUGCGAUAUCUGCAGUAGGAAGUCUACCGAAAACAGUAGUCUCACGCGACACAGACUUAUCCAUGCAGGUGAGAGAUCGCACAAGUGCGAUAUUUGUGGCAAAGAAUUCAUAACUAGUGAUGAACUCACUCGCCACGUGCGCAUGCAUACUGGCGAGCGUCCGUAUAAGUGUGAUAUCUGCGGCAAAGGCUACGUAGAAAGCAGCAGUUUGAAACGUCACCAGCGUGUUCACAUCGAUAUGAAUCUUGCGGAUCAAAUAUUUAGUUGCGACAUCUGUGGUAGAAAGUUUCUUGAAUCUAAAGAACUUACGCAGCACAAACUUAUCCACAGCAAAGAUCGAGAAUUCAGAUGUGAAGUCUGGUGGCGGGAGCACAUUUCACCCAGCAUAAUCGCAGGCAUGUUGGCGAACGACCCCACGGCUGUGAAUAGUGUGGAAAAAGAUUCGUUGAACGUAGUCUUGGGACACAAGAAGCUGCAUGAAAGGUCAAGGAAUGGUAGCAGGCGAAAAGGAAAAAUUAAUGAUUCUACCGUGACCGAAAGCAUCCACGCGGUCACUGGAGGCGGUAAUGGGAAAAUAGAAGAGGAAAAGCAAGUUCUAACAUUGAAAGCAAUAACGAAUUUUGUAGCACGGAAGUUCCAAAUGCUGACCUUGUUGGAACAGUUUGACUUGGUGGAGUGCAUUGAGACGGAAAUUGAUGACGUACAGGAAUUCAAGAUCGAAGAAGCGGAUGCUGAGGUAAUUAAGCAGCGAAUGGAAAAAGCGUUGGCAAAAUGGCAGCGAAAGGAUCGUCAGUGCAAAUCGAUGAUUGUCUGCCGAAUACAUGACGACCAGUUGGAGCCAUUGCAUGGAAAGUCAACACCCAAGCAGAUGUGGGAUUCAUUAGUAAAAAUUUUCGAACGAGUAUCGGUACCUGAUGCGUCGAGUCACAUGCGUUGGUAUAUCGAUUCUGGAGCAACCGAGCACAUUUGCAAUAACAAGGAGCUUUUCAAAAAUUUGACUCGGUUGGCACAACCUAUGCAAAUAGCAGUAGCUAAAAACGGCGAAUGGGUGACUGUGGAUCAGGUGGGUGAUAUUCCAAUAUUAUCCGUAAUCGACGAUGGUACGACCAUAGAGGCAACUAUAUUUGGAGCUAUCUACAUCCCUGAUGCGCGGUGCAACUUAUUCUCCAUCAGAAAAGUGGAAUCAGCCGGCAUGAAGGUCACGUUCGAGAAUGGGCGGGUUGAGAUUCUGAGAGAUUCGACCGGACAACGUCGAGAGAAACUCUACGAAUUGAAUUUCUACACUCGUGAAGGUAUGUUGGGAUCCAUGCACUUUACAGAACAGGCGGUCGACAAGAGCUCAUAUAUAAUAUAUACUCAAAAAAUGGAGCAACUGCGAAUACUAGAACGAUUUGAUUUUCUUUGUCGCUUUUGUCUAACAGAAGAGGAGUGCGUUUUAAUCUUUUCAAAUGAAUCCGAACUUAACCCGCGGCUUAAAAAAUGCCUAGAUGUUCUGCUAACAAAAGUAGAUGAAGAUGAUGGUUAUCCUAACAAAAUCUGCGAAAACUGCAUUCGCUGUAUCGAACAGUUUGUUGAUUUUGAAACUGCUUGCAUCAAAUCGUAUGAACAGCUGGAAUCAGCGAAAUGUCUGUCCAUGGAAGAAACAAGAACUGACCCCGAUAAGCACAAGGAAGAAACGAUAUUACGAAAAUAUACAGACAUACAAGGAUUAUCAAGAGAAGACAUUUCGAAGAUCGAUAAUUUUGACUACCAAAUCGAAUCCGUUUUCUCUUCAGAAGAAAUAAAUAUUGAACAUUUGGAAGAAGAACAGUUUUCGAUUAUUGACGAGCAAAUCCAGGAUCCCGAUGAAUCACAGGACGAUGUCACAGAAGAUACGGAAGAACCAAGCGAGGUUACCUCUUACCAUUUAUCAGUCGAACAGCAACAUCUUAUGGAUGCAGCAAUCGAAACUGAACCCUGCGGUUUUGUAGAAAGAGGUGGCCGUAAAAUUCCUUUGAUGACGUGUAUAUACUGUAAAAAUGUAUAUAGAGGCAGAAACACUCUGAAGAAACAUCUGCGGAUUCAUUUAAACAUUAAAGAUUAUCAGUGUGCUCACUGUCCUCGUACCUUCACCGAUCGAAGUUCGCUUCGAAUUCAUCAAGGCAGACAUCUAGGAAAAACGUUUGAAUGCUCCCAUUGCGGUAAAACCUAUUUCAGCCAGAACGAGCUUCGCCAGCAUUUGACAAUGCGGCAUUUGGAAAGAAGGUACACUUGUGAAAUUUGCGACAGAAAAUUUCCGUCGAACACAAUUUUGAACGACCAUAAACGAGUUCAUCUGCCCGACCGUCCCUUUGUUUGCCAACAAUGCGGAACUGGAUUCAAGAGAAAUCGAAAUCUAAUACGGCAUCAACAACUGCACCAGAAAGAAGAGAUUAAGUCCAAGCUAGGCAAUAGAAGGAAUCGAAUAGCUUAUCCAAUAUAAUAGGAGGGUGAGUGUGAUGACCAUUUAUUCAAUAAUCUAGAGCAUUGUUUGAAUCACAAGGUAUGCGAUUUUUAAGAAUAACCAGUGUUAUUUGUGUA